CAAUCAAUCUCUUCGUGUGUUGGAAUGGUUUGUAUGAUUAAUUUGAUUCUGAGUUCUUAGUGAGGAAUGCAGCAUGAAUUUCACCUGUGUGAUUUGUUCCGACUUGUUUGUGCCCUCGGAUGAUAUCCAUAUUACACCCUGUGGGCAUAUAUUCCACUAUGUCUGUUUGGUGCAAUGGUUGGAGCGUUCAAAAACUUGCCCCCAAUGUCGGAACAGAUGCAUUGAACAGAAAUUGACUAAGGUGUACUUGACCAUUGCCGCGAAUGUUGACAGUCCGGACGACCACGCGGCAUUGAUGCAAAAAUUGGAUAAUUUGACCCUCUCGGUACGCGAAAAGGAUAAGACGAUCAAAACAUUACAGGAAAAGGAAGCUUCCUGGGAGGCGGAACGUACGAAGAUAAAGAAAAUGCUAACGCGCAUGGGAGAGAAAAUUAAAGACAGAGAUUUAUCGAUCAGUGUGUACAAGGUGCAAUUGGAUACGCUGAAGCUUAAUCAUACACAUCUUCAUAAGAUGGAGGAAGAAUUGAAACAGCUGAAAGAUAAACUGCGCCUUAUGUUAGCCCUUGAAAAUGUACUCAACUCCACCUCGAAGGAAGUUGAUGAGAUUCUCGCCUUGAAUGAUAAUCCACGUGCGCUGGCCGUUUCGGUGGCCACACUGAAAAGGGAGCUCCAAGCGUCUGAAUACAAGAUGAACGAAAAGCGUGACCGGAUAAAGUCUAUCCAGAAGGACUUGUCGGAUGAGCGAGCUAAACGAAGCGACGUUGAAGACAAACUAUCCUAUGCGGAUAGUGAGAAGUAUCGGCUGGAACAAGAAGUGAAAACGUUGAAGAGAAAUGCGGUCAUUGAUCUAUCCACCGAAACGGGAUCAGAUACGAGCAUACCGAAUACUCCUGACCAACAGCCGAAACGGAAGCGAAGCGAUACAGAUUUAAAUGAAAGCACUCCAACAGCAGAAAGAGUUCGCGAUAUCCUCGAAUCGGACUCGCCAUAUCUUCGCAUAAAAUCGUGCGGCGCUGGUCUGAUGCCUAUUUUUCGACCUGGUCUCAGCGCAUCGGCAGCUUUGGGAAAAGCCGGCUCCACUGGGCUCAGCAAGACCAUCAGUGAUCCGAGCGAAAAGUACUCCAUCUUCCGACAAUCUCGUCCGGCGGAUAGUUUGAGAUUAGGAGGAGCGAACAGAACCCCUUUGGACCCUUCAAUUAAACUUGUGACAAAUAGGAAAUUCAUCAAGAUAAACAGAUGCAGCACAUCGGCGAGACUGAAGUCAGGUCAGCUAAGCAACCAUCCCUCGACAAGGCAGAAGAACGGGAAUACAAUGAACGACUACCUCGCUGGUUUUCCUACAUCGGAGGAUUUUAAAUGAUUGCCAAAUCGAGUCAUGUUGGUUUUUAAUCAUUACUUUACUUCAUGUUAAUUUGAUUUUAAUCAAUCUUUCAUUUCAAGACCAUGUGAAAUUGAGCCUUUAAGCGAAAUAAAU